AUGCAGCCCCUGCAGGUCCCAGAAACUUGGCCUGAGUCCUGGGGCUGCAGCCCCAACCCCUGUGCCAGCUCCAGGCUCCGGAGGCGACUGGGGCAGACGCUGGGGCCCUCGGGGACCCGGGAGCCGACCCCACCCGCGCAGGAGCCCCAGGAGGGGCUGGCCUGCCCCGCCCCCUCGGCCCCGGCUGACUCCUCCAGGGCGCAGCUCCCCCAACACAGCCCGGCCAUGCCCUCUGGCGUCAUGGAGGGGUUCCUCCCAGCCCUGUGGGCCCUCCUGCUGGCUGCUGCGUCUGCUGGCUGCGCCCCGACACCAGGGACACCAGCUGGGAACCUGAGCUGCUACCAGUGCUUCAAGGUCAGCAGCGGGCAGGAGUGCCCGCCCACCCGGUGCCGCCCGCUGGACCAGGUCUGCGUCUCCAACGAGGUGGCCUUCUCGCUGAAAUCAGGUGUGGAGGUCCUGCUCAGCAAACGCUGUGCUCCCAGAUGUCCCAACACCAACAUGGAGUUUGAAUGGUCGCCGAUUCCUGGGGUGCAAGCUGUGAUCACCAGGCGCUGCUGUUCCAGGGCUCUCUGCAACAGCGCACCCACCCCACAGGAGGGACAACGCUGGGUCCUGUGCGGGGGGCUCCUGCUCCAAGUGGGCCUUGGCCUCCUCUGGGCCCUGUUGUGA